AUGAGUUCAGAUCAUACGAAUGGAAUGUCUAAAAAGGGUCUUCGGGUCCUCAUUGCUGGUGCAGGAAUCGGCGGUCUGACACUAGCUAUCGCUUUGCGUCAACAAGGACAUCGUGUCGAGUUAUUUGAACGCUCUCGCUUUGCCAACGAGGUAGGGGCUGCCAUUCACUUGUCUCCAAACUGCAACGCCGUGCUUCAACGUCUGGGGAUCGAUGCUACUCAGUUCGGUGCCGUGGAAACAGAAAAGCAUCGUGCAUUUAGCCCUGCGGGCGAGCCAGAGAAUAUCCAAGAUAUCAAACAAAAUGCGGGAUUAUGGCGAUACCCUUGGUUGCUCGUCCAUCGCGCCCGUUUCCACGAAGGCCUCAAAAAUGCCGCUCAAGCACCAGGGCCCGGCGUUCCAGCGCAGCUCCACACCUCGAGCCAGGUCGUUGACGUCGACCCACACCAGGCUACUAUAACCCUCAAGAGUGGCGAGGUGGUCCAGGGUGAUGUUGUCAUCGGCGCAGAUGGUGUGCAUAGCAAGAUCCGGUCGAAACUGCCCGGUGCUAGUGAGAUCGUGCCAUUCAGCUCGGGAAAGAAUGCAUUCCGCUUCCUCAUUACUCGCAAAGAGGCCCUGGAGGAUCCAGAAACCCGAAUGCUAGUUGAAGACCUGGGCUCAGUUGAUAUGUGGGACAGUCCAGAUCGACGAGUGGUCAUCUAUCCCUGUUCAAACAACGAGCUACUCAAUUUCGUGUGCGUCCAUCCUGACACCAUGACCACGAUUGAGAAGGGUUCCGAGUGGGACCAGCAAGUGGGCAAAGAAACCCUGCUAGAGGUUUUCAAGGAUUUCUGUCCCCAGGUGUGCAGGAUACUCGGGAAAGCGGAUUCUGAGACCUUGAAGCUGUGGCCCUUAUUGGACAUGGAGACACUUCCAACCUGGGUGGAAGAUCGCAUGGCCGUCAUGGGUGACGCAGCUCAUCCAUUUUUGCCGUAUCGUGCUUCCGGGGGUGCGAUGGCCAUUGAGGACGCUAUGUCCUUGUCUGUAAUGCUAUCCGGUGACCUUGACCCUAAGGAGAUAUCGGAGAGACUCAAGCUGUACGAGAAGGCUCGGCACCACCGUGCAACAACCAUACAGCAAAUGACGCGCGAUUCUUCUCACGGACCUCUUCCACCGGCACAGUCGAUGGCCAUGAUCAGCUAUAUCUUUGGCCACGACGAAUUCGACCACUCCACCCAGGUCCUGCGGAAACAUCUCUGGGCCCAGAAUCCUCACAUGUAUUGGAGACAGCCAAUUGUUUUCGGGCCAAUGCCUGGCCCUCGGCAGGAUUUUUACGGCCAGGAUCGUGCCAGGAAGUCGCUGAAAUCAACCUUCAAGACAGCAUCAAUCAAGUUCAAGACCAGCCGGACGCUGCUUCAGAAUCUAUUUCCCAAUGACUCAUACAGCUUCAUUAGCCCCAGCACAUAUGCAUAUGCCAGCUUUUCGCAGACAACGCUCGACCACAUGGACUGGCUUGGUGGUGGUGGUUAUCGCCACAUUGGGCUGUACAUUCAUGGCGUGCAGUACAAAAAAGCCAGUGGCGAUGUUAUCAAAGGCACCUACAUGCCGAUCUUAUUUGAAAAUUUGGCCGAUCCCAUAGUAUCUGGUCGUGAGGAGCUUGGAAUGCCAAAGCUGUACACCGCCAUUGAUUCUUUUCAGCGCAGCCAUUCGUACGAUCUCCAGACAAGCUGGCAGGGGGCUGUCUGGGGGCGCUUUCACUGGGAAGAUCUCGAGGACAAGGAUCCAGAAAGUGAUAAGGGCACUAUUGGCGGUGAAGCGGAUGACGGAAUCCUGGUCUACCGAUACAUUCCCAAGGUUGGCCGUGACUGCAAGGGUCAAGCCGAAUCUGAGUACCCUGUGUUCGUACCGCAUGCACAGGACUCGAAAAUCGUCCCAUCUAAGGUGACUAGAGUUCGUACGACCAGCAAGGCUUCUUUUGAAAUUGACGGCCUAGAUUGGGAGUUAUUGCCAACUCUACACCACGUGAUUAGUCGUUUAGGGGAGAUCCCGGUGGAUGAUAUUGUGUAUGGGAAAGUAGUGGAGGGCGAGGGAGUGCCAGACGUGUCCAGUGCAGUUCGAAUCAUGGACUGA